AUGACGGAAUCCGUAUCCAGCUCCGGCGAGCAGGCGCCAGGUUCCCAGCCGAAGCGUAUCCGACUUUCUCUCGCCUGCAACCAAUGCCGCAAGAGAAAGGUCCGGUGCGACGCCCAAACUCCGAAAUGCCACAACUGCAUCCUCCGCGGCGACGACUGCCAGACGACGAACCCCAGGAACCCAAACCAGCACGCCGUUCGGAAAUGGGCGGCCAAGAGCGCAUCCACGCAGAGCCAGGGCGGCGGCAGCGUACACGAGCUGGCCGAGACCCCCCGAGAUCACCUCCGUGCCGUCUCUCCGCGGCCACGGCAGUACCUAUCGCCGGCGUACGACGACGCCUCUGAGGCCGAAGACGCGGCGCUGCGGAAGCUCUCAUGGGUCGCGGAAGCCUACCGCGCAAACGCGCGAGAGAAUCACAGUCCUCAUGAGCAUGCGGAUCUGAACCCCGACAUGACGCUCAACACUGACGAGAGCCCGCAUCGGCUCAAGUUCAUGGGCGGUAGCAGUGUCCAGUCUCUGACCAUGUUUGCCGAUCUCUUCUUUCGCAAAUGCGGUCUUCGACCGUUGUCGCCGUACUUUCGCUUCGGCAUGCACCAUGUGGAAGAGUUCCAAGUACCUCUCUCGUUUCAACUCCCUCCCUUGCCUCCGCUUCCAACCCUCGAUGCCUACCUGGAUGUUUACAUGAAGCGAGUGUUCCCCUUGUUUCCCGUCUUCGAUGAGCCCACUCUUCGCUCGGAACUGGGCAGGCUCACAACACUGCAAGACGCCGAUGCGUCCGGAUCUCUGCAAAAUUCCAUCGAACCAUCCCAAGUACCUCUGCUCGUCUCUAUAUACAGCAUCAUUUGUAUCGGUGCAGACGAAGAAACCGGAUCAUUGGCCGAAAUCGGGAGUCACUACCUAACUGCAGCAUACAGCCUUUUGGCGCACGUAAUAUCAACACCAUACAUGGCUUCCGUGCAGGCUCUACUUCUCCUGUCCAUUGCACUGCGCGGCCGUAGCAAAGAGGGCCAGGGCUGGCAGACUCUCGGCCAAGCCAUCCGCAUAGCUCACUCUAUUGGGCUCCACCGACAUGCCUCGACCCGGCAUUCCCGCAACCCGCCCGAUCCCGGAGACUCGGCAGCCUCGCCAGGCUACCAGGCGAACCGGAAACUGAAUAGCCAAGUCUGGUGGGUUUGCUACACGCUCGAGAAGCUGAUGGAGUUGGAGACUGGUCGUCCGAGUGCGAUACACGACUCGGAUUGUGACCAAAAGCUGCCGGAACCAGUUCCCGUCCCAGCACCUGCAACACUGCCACGAUCAGCAUCCACUCCAGAAGGCCAAGGUGACCGUCAAAGUAUUGACUAUUUCCAGCCCUGGGCUUCAUUAUCCCGCAUAAUCAGCAGUAUCAGCGCUCACAUCUACCGGCGCUCCGGACAAUCCCAGACAUCACGGAUCCUCCUCGGCGACACUGUCCGUCUAGAUACCGCGCUGACAGAAUGGGCUCAGUCGUUACCGGCUGAGAUACGCCCUCCUGGGCCCAAUAGUGGAAACGUCGACCUGUGUGAGACGGGGCAUCAGCACUUUGCAAUAUUCCUGGCCAUCCACUACCACCACGCCUUGAUAUCUCUCCACCGCGCGGCGCUCGUCUUCCCCGAGUCAAUGUAUCGAAAACACAUCAACGCGCAAGCAGACUCGGGAGCACUCUCAUCCGUUGAGCUCACGAGACUCAGGCGGGGCGCGGAGAUCUGCAUCGGGUCGGCGAGAGCAAUGGCCAGACUCAUCGGGGAGAUUGCAGACGACUCAACCCCUACACCACGCGUUGCCGGUGGCCUGUUCGCCCAGUCCCACCACAACAGAUCAGAGUCCAUGAUCUUCACAAUGACCCAGCCGCUCAUGUCAGCAGUAGCUCUGGCCCUCCACAUUCUCAAGCAACCCAGCUCACGGCUUGCCCGGUCCGACCUGGAGCUCCUGGGCAUAGCUGCGCAGUACGCGGAGGAGCAGUACACAAAGGUCACGCAGAACCCCCGCUUCAUCCAGGCGUGCUCCGUUUUGCAGGCCAACAUGUCUGAAAUCGUGUCUGGUCACCGCCAGAACCGGGCGUCCCUCAGCUUGACGGCACUGGAGCCCUGGCAGGCAGAGCAGCAGACGCCGGCGAGGGAUCCCGGCGAGGCGAACGCGGACGCGGAUAUUGAAUUGAUGGACCUCGAGCUUCCGGACUUGUCUGGGAUGUUCACCGAGAUCAGCAAUACUGACUUGUUUGGGGGUGUUCGGCUGGAGCAUCUUUGGGGAAUGCUUGGGACAGACGGGCAUUUGGCAGACGGGACGGAGCAGUGGCCGCAGUCAUGA